UACUCCUUCACCUGGUGUUUCUACGAUAUCACUCCCCAAACGCUGCAGUAUUCAAUAACGUCAACUGUGGUCUACACUCCAAGUGGAUCUUGAUAUACCUCUGUCGCUGCCGCCACCGCCAUGGCAGAUCCACUACAGCUUGCGAAACAGUUCGUUAAGACGGUGGUGCGCAUGUUCUACGAAACCGAACACAUUGUAGUCAUCGAUGCGCUGGUAUUCCACGGUGCCCUCACUAUAUCGGACUUGGUCACCGUGCUUGAUGGAGGGAAGAAUCAAAAAGGCGCCCAGCGGAUCACAGGAAGACUGCGAGAGGGAGGCCUAGUCUCAGUCUUUACUCGUCAAGAGGUCCGAGUAGGAGCCAUGAAGGCUACCAACCGAGAAUACUAUUACAUUGACUACCGCCGCGCAAUCGAUGCGACAAAGUAUCGCUUACACGUACUCGACGAAAAGAUCAAGAAGAAUGUCAACCCUUCACAGGAGAAGAAGGAUUUUAAUUGCAAACGGUGCAAAUCACAAUGGACUGCUCUGGAGGCUAUGGACAGCCCUGAUCCGAUCCCGGACCGUAUCGGUGGUACCGGAUUCAUAUGCAAAAAUUGUAGCUACCCGCUCGACGAAAUAGCCGACGACGGCGUCGGCCACGAUGCUGGUGAUGUGCCAGCCAAGUUCAAUAAGAUCUUCAAACCUAUCCUCAAUCUUAUGCAGCAGAUUGAUGAGGUUGUGAUACCCGCAAUUGAAGGCCAAGACGCAGUGGAUGGCGCCAUUGAACUCCCGCGCGACCAGGAACUCAAUCCCGCCGCCCAACACGAAGUUGUGGUAGCACCUGCCGUGCGGCCCACUGCCGUCAGGGGGGUUGCUACUGGACCGGAGAAGAUUUCCGUCUCAAUUGCUACAAAUUCAGAACAAUCGGAGGCUGCUAGAAUUGCGGAGGCGCAGCGACAGGCUAAGAUCCAACAGCAAAACUUGCUUCCUGAAUGGCAUACCAAAUCUACGGUCAGAGAUCAGGACUAUGGAGAGUCAAAUAUCAAGACCGAAGCUACUGGAAGUCUUACGCCGAGCUUCAAGACAGAGCAGACUGAGGAGAAGAACGUUGCAACAACUGACUUGGAUGAUAUUUUCGCCAAGAUUGAGGCGGAUAGAAUCAAGCAGGAGGAGCAAGACGAGACGGACGACGAAGAUGAUGAGUUUGAAGACGUAAUAGUCUCAAACGCAGCGACCGAGACCAACGGAGCCCCCGAUGCUAAACGCGCCAAACUUGAAUCCUCUGCUGCACCCUCGCCGGCAAAUGGAGUCACACCUGGCAUGUCGACGGGCGACGGGGGUGACGAGUCCGACGAAGACGAGUUCGUCGAUGUUUAAGCAUUGAUUUUGCAUAGCGAUGGCGUUGGCGUUCUACCAUUCAGGCGUUCUAUACCUUGUCCUGAAUUUAUACAAAACCUGCAUAGACUCGUAUUUCCUCAUUUAUGUAGCACGGCUACGAGAUAUCCCAUAUGUUAUUUUACUCAUGUGCAGAGUGUCCAGAUAUUUGAUUGAUAUAUACAACUGCAGCGUGAUGUGAUUUAAGAGAAGAUGAG